AUGAAGCCCAUUUUCUGUGGCAACCUUGAGUAUGAUGCUCGUCAUUCAGAUCUUGAACGAGCUUUCAGCAGAUAUGGAAAGGUUGAUCGUGUAGAUUUGAAGUCAGGUUAGCCUAUUUGGUUUAUACGCGUAUUUAAUUCUGGUUAUGAUCUCCUUUUAUUUCGCCACUUGGAAUGCAACUACUGGUGUUUUUUUUUUGCCACUUAUACUGUAAUUCCAACCUUCAAUUAUCGUUUAAAUUUUGUUGUUAUCGUCAUUAUUUUCUUGGGUAGUCAUGCUGUGAUGACAACAACCCGAGCCUGAGCCUGUUAUCUUGCCAUCACGGAAGGCGAAAAUGGGCACGACUGAUCUAAAGACCCUGCGUUGGUUUUUUACUCAACAUCAUACGAUCGACAUCAGUUUGACUCGUGAUUAAUAUAUUAAGUUUUUUUGUAAAAUUCAAGACCGUCAUUUGCCAACCUUAUGUAUUAUAGACCGACAUCAGUAUUAUUGCGUGAUGUGUUGGUCUGGCAGGAUUUUGUUUAUGCUAUGCAGUGUUUGUUUGUUGAGCUCUUUAUCUUCUGCGGGUGUGAUAUCAUUUUAACUGCAUCAAUCUUCAUAGAACUUGUGCAACGAUUUCAUGGCAAUAUGGGGAGAUAGACGUUCUCUUGUGGAUUUCGACAGGGAUCAGGAUUCAGGAUUAAGUUUAACAAUGCAGCAUUUUUUUAGGGUGACCCUGUACUCAACCGUUUCUUUGGCGCAGGAUUUUUCGGAGCUUGCAUGCUCUUCCUGGCUGGUCUCUCUGCACAUUUCCUUUCCUGCCCGUGCACGAGCUCCAUUUCCUUGUGUGUCACAGAAGGGCUGACUUGAUCUGCAAUCCACAAUGGCAUGUGAUCCACAUGGAACUCCCCCCCCAAGACACCGUUGUCUUCCAUUUCUCACGUCCUUGGCCCAGCCUCAAAACUCAGACAUUUUCCAUGUCGAACUCACGGCCAGGCUGGAGAACAAUGGCGCGAGCUUCCUCUGUUUGAUGGCCAAACACGAGUCACCCUAUUGGAUAAUUGUUCCCUGACACCAUUUAGUCCUGGGCGGCAGGUCUGUUCCUGAUAGUUCUGAAUCCCUUUCGCUGAUGUGAUGGGUGUAAUUUUCUUUUUCUUUCUAAUUGAUCCAUGAGGGCUGGCUUAUGCUUUUGGGUCCUUCACGCGAGAGUUUCAUCAACUAGAUAGAGAGAUUUCCCCAGGAACUAAAGCUGACACCUUCCCUGCUGCUGCAUCGAACAGGGUUCGCUUUUGUAUACAUGGACGAUGAAAGAGACGCGGAGGAUGCCAUCCGCGGGCUAGACAGAACAGAGUUCGGCAGACAGGGUCGGCGGCUCCGGGUUGAGUGGACGAAGGUUUGACCUCCCACUGAAUCUCCCACGACCAGUCUUUUCCCUUCGUUUUAAUGCAAAAUAUUGUAUGUUUCUCGAUCUCGCAGCAAGAACGCGGUGGAAGGCGGUCUGGAAGCUCGAGGAGGAGCUCGUCCAGUGUGCGCCCUUCGAAGACGUUGUUUGUGAUUAACUUCGACCCGAUCAACACCCGGAGCCGGGACCUGGAGAGGCACUUCGACCCGUACGGGAAAAUCUCCAACAUAAGGAUCAGGAGAAACUUUGCCUUCAUUCAAUACGAGUCGCUGGAGGAUGCCACAAAGGCCUUGGAGGCGACAAACAUGAGGUCUGGAAAAUUCUUCUACGCCAUAUACCUUUACGUCGUCAUCUCUCCACUGAAUCUUGGGAGCUAGCCAUGGACGCACCCACAUUCUCCAAUCAUGCAAGCAAAACCCCCAUCAAUUCUAGAAAGAUUUCAAUCCCAUUCAAGACACCCAACGGUGGUCUCACCCCAAUUCGUUUAGAAUUAUUAGUUUCUUGUAAGAGGACCUGCGGGCUUUGCUUCCUCUCUGCUGCCUUUUUAUGCGCUUUUAAAUUUCAUGGAAUCAUCAUGCACACCACCCGAUGUGGAUAGGCUCUUGGGAAAUAAUAUGAAUCUGUUUUCAUUGGUUUCUUCUUUCUGAUUGCUUCUCGUCUGCUGCAGCAAGCUGAUGGACCGGGUCAUCUCGGUGGAGUACGCGAUCCGCGACGACGACGAGAAGAGGAACGGCGGCGGGUACAGCCCUGACCGGAGGGGCCGGGACUGGUCCCCCGACAGGAGCCGCGACCGGGGGCGAUCCCACAGCCCCUACGGCCGAGCCGAGCGGGCCAGUCCCGACUACGGCCGCGGCCCGAGCCCCUACUCCAAGCCCGAGCAGAGACGCAGCCCCAGCUACAGCCGAGGCGACAGCCCCGCCUACCAGAGAUCCCCAAGGUACUAACUAGGAUGAUCUUCUUCUUCUUCUUCUUCUUCUUCUCCUUCUUCUUCUUCACUAUCGUUCGUCUGUUGUUUUGGUGUGCAGCCGGUCCCCUGCGAGAGAGGAGAGAUCUCCCUAG